AUGUCUUUUAGAACAUUGCCGGUCAUUGAUUUUAAACAAGCUUUCCACAAAGAAUCAAAGCCCAGAUUUCUACAAGAGCUACGCUACGCUUUGAUAGAGGUCGGAUUUUUUAUUUUGGUAAAUUUUGAUCAAUAUGGUCCUUCUGAACAGGACUUCAUUGAUAUUGAGAAGCAGUCAGCAGAUUUUUUUGCUUUACCAACAGAAUUAAAGGAAGAUAUAGCGAUGGUAAAUUCUCCUCACUUUUUAGGUUAUACUGCAGUUGGAAAUGAAAUUACUGGUGGAAUAGUGGACCAAAGGGAGCAAAUAGACCUAGCAACUGAGCUUCCUGCACCUUCAAAAGAGCUUCCUAUUUUCAACCAGCUCGAAGGACCAAAUCAAUGGCCGAGUAAAGAAGCAUUGCCAGAAUUCCGUAAAGUUGUGACAAAUUAUAUCCAAAAAAUGACAGAGCUUUCCAUGUACAUGAAAGAUCUAGUGGAAGAAGCAAUUGGUUUGCCAAAGCAUGAGCUAGAUUCGUUCUUUAAGGAGAAUCAACAAUACAAGAUGAAAUUGGUAUCGUAUCCAGAAAUACCUGAAGAUUAUGAGCAUAAUAACAAUGAAGAGCUCAGCCAGGGGGUAGGAGCACACCGAGAUAACACAUUUAUGACAUUCAUAUAUCAAUGUAUUGAAGUGGAUGGCUCACUUCAAGUCGAAAACUUUGAAGGACAAUGGAUACCGGUAAAUAAGAUUCCUAAUAGUCUUGUUGUAAACGUUGGUCAGUUACUUGAAAGCAUCACUAAUGGAGUUUGCAAGGCUACUAUACAUAGAGUUGUCAGCCCGAAAAAGGGCUCUGGUAGAAGAUUAUCAAUCCCAUUCUUCCAAAACGUACACACAAAUGCUUAUCAAAGAACGUUGGCUAAUUUCCCAUCUGAAGUGAUACAGUUAAGGGACAAAAGAGAUAAGUUGAUCACAAAAUGGGGGAUAAAUGUCGGUUUUCAAUUCGAACCAGAGCUCUCUAAAUAUCCAGCUGGUGUAUCUGUUUUUAAAAAUAGAAUUAAAUCUCACCAAGAUGUGGCAGCAAGAUGGUACCCACAAAUUUUACAAGAUGUUCUUACUGAGUACGAAAGUACCAAGAACUAA